AGCACACGUUCGUUCUCCAGGCACACAGGUGAGACACAGAGGAAAGAGUUUGGACGUUAAACCAUGGCCGGGUCAGCUGACACCAUUGUGAUGCCGGCUCUGGGCCGCCCGUUCCAGCUGGGGAUGCUGUACGACUGCCGCAGUGACUCUCUCAUCCCAGGCAUCACUUUAUGGGACCUGGAGACACUUCGAAAUCAUGUAGAUGCAGAACCACAGCCCAAGACUGACUAUCAGAUUAUUGCAUCUGACACCACUGACGACAAGGCAUCUGCCCUCAAUGUCACAGCAUCGCUGAAGGCCAGUUUCCUGUCUGGCCUGGUGGAGGUGAAUGGAUCCGCAGAAUAUUUAAGUGAUACCAAGACAUCAAAACAUCAAGCCCGUGUUUCUCUCCGGUACUCAACUACAACACAGUUUAAGCAGCUGAGUAUGAGCCGGUUAGGGCUCCCUAAUAUCUCUUACCCUGAUGUGUUUGACCAAGGCACGGCCACCCACGUGGUCACGGCUGUGCUGUACGGGGCGCAAGCUGUUUUUGUCUUCGAUCGGGACAUUUCUUCAUCGGAGAACGUACAAGACAUACACGGAAACCUCCAUGUUAUCAUUAAAAAGAUACCCCAGGUUUCCAUCGAAGGGGAAGGAGCUCUCAAAAUGGAUGACACGGAAAAAGCACAAGCUGAAAAACUUAGUUGUAAGUUUUAUGGUGAUUUUGCUCUUGAGAACAAUCCAGCUACUUACCAAGAUGCCAUGAAAAUUUAUUCCACCCUCCCAAAGCUGUUGGGUGACAGCGGGGAGAAGGCCGUACCCGUGAGAGUCUGGCUGUACCCGCUGACCAAGCUGGAGUCCAAAGCUGCUCAGCUGGUGCGUGAGAUCAGCACAGAACUCAUCUUUGAUGUUCAAACUGCUCUAGAGCAACUGACAGAAUUAGACAUGCGAUGUAAUGAUGCAGUGAAGAAAUCAAAUGCCACAAAGUUCCCUGAAAUCAGGAGCAAAAUCCAGCAAUUUAAGGAUCUGUGUAAACAACACAGAGAGACUUUCCAGAAACAGCUAGCAAGUAUCUUACCCUCCAUCCGUGGAGGUGGAAAAGAGGAAGGGGCCCUGGUGGACAUUUUAUCUCGUAAAAAACAGUCACCGUUCAACACUCAGAAACUCAAUGAAUUUCUGGAUACAAAGGAGCGAGAGAUGAAUUAUGUGAAUUCCUACCUUAGGGCCCUAAUGGAUGUAGAAGUGGUGUCCUCUCAGAGUGCACUAGAUGAAAUCAUACUCGACACUGGGCUUGAUUUCAUCGUCUCAUUUACAUUCACCUCAUUAAAUGAAGAGGAGCCAUAUUUAUCAGAUUUAAAACAAUGGCUUCAGACCCAGUCUAUGGAAGAAACUCAUGAUCCUGCCUUAGCCAGUUCUGUCGCUGAGAAACUAAAAUCCAAAGUGUGGUUUGAGGAAAAAGAAAUGUAUAAAAAAGCUCGAAAAUCUGUGAAGUCCCUUUCAAAUUUUGCCAGUGUCAACAAAUCUAAUGGGAAGACUCGGUUCAUUGUGGCCUCUGUUCCAGACAAGGACAAUCCAGGCACUGCCAUUUACCUGUAUGAGGAUGGAGAGCUGGUCAGCACCGACUUCGAGCCUCCAUCAAAGCCUCUUCCAGCCCUGAUUGAUGGAAUCAAACAUGACCGUGUGCAGCUCACGUUUAACCCAGCAGCCUAUGGCAGGGCUGAGAUAUCUGGCUAUCAGGCAGAGUACAGACUUGUAGGGCAGGAGAACUGGGCGGCUGUGACUGUAAAUAACACACAAGAGACAUUCACAGUAACAGGGCUCCGUGCAAACACCGAGUACCAGUUCCGAUACGCUGCAGUGAGCAAACCAGGGCUCAGCGAGAGCAGCAACGUGAGUGAUCCUGUGAAGACCCUUCCCCCGACCAGCCCUCCUGGGAAGCCUGUAACAGCUACUGUAGAUCCAUCAGCCAUCACUCUCACCUGGCAGAGUCCAAGUGUCAUUGGAGAUGGAGUCAGUAUAAGCGAGUAUCAGGUGGAAUAUAAAGAGGAGGCAGGAGAUACGAGUCACGAGGGAAAAGAGAAAUGGCUGGAACAAAGGACAGGAAAGAGAACUGAGUUCUGUACCAUUGAUGAACUGCGUCCUGAGACGCCCUACAGAUUCCGGGUGUCGGCUGUGUGCGCGGAUGGGGCUGUGAGUGACCCAAGUGAAGAGAUUUGCCUCUCAACGCUAAAGGCGAAUCUGACUCUGGAUCCAGACACGGCACAUCCUGAGCUCGUCCUGUCUGAAGAUCUAAAAACCGUGAGCCGGGGACACAAAAAACGGAGUUUGCCUGACAAUCCGGAGAGAUUUGAUUAUUCUUACUGUGUGCUGGGCUCUGAGGGCUUCACCUCGGGGAAACAUUCCUGGGAGGUGAAGGUGGAGGGAGGGCCAGCUGGGCUCUGGGCUGUGGGGGUAGCUAGAGAGUCUGUGCAGAGGAAGGGAGAGGUUGGCUUUACUCCUGAGGAGGGGGUCUGGAUGGGGGUGCGGCAGUGGGAUGGUGUCCAUGACUACCGGGCUCACACCAAACCUAUCACCCCCCUGUCCUUGAGGAGAGAUCCCAGGAGGAUCCGGGUCUCUCUGGACUAUGAAGGGGGGUUGGUGGCAUUUAGUUAUGCUGAUAAUCUGGCCCCAAUCUUCACUUUCCCACGGGCUUCUUUCAAUGGGGAGAAAAUCUUCCCUUUCUUCUGGGUCUUGAAUACAGGAUUCCAUCUGACCCUGCUUCCCUGA